AAAGGUAGAUUGAAUCAUAAUAAUAUUAAUAGGAGAUUGUUUAAGAUUAUUGAAAAAAUAUCAUGAAUCUUUAUAAUUACUAGAUUAAGCACUAUCCAUAAAUCCUCAACAUACAUUUUCUCUCAACUGUAAGGGUAUCUUAUCAUCUUUAAUUGUAGGAGAUUGUUUAAGAGAUUAAUAAUAAUACAAAGAAGCACUAAGUUAUUAUGAGAAAUCAUUAAAGAUUGAUCAAAAUAACCAAUAUUCUAAAAACUAAAAGGGUACUCAUAACUUAUUAAAUUAGAAUUCUGCUAAAAGAAAUUGAAUCAGUG